AGAAUGGUGACCAGCAUGAAAGCCAACCAUGAUGCUGAGUGCCCCCUAGAGCAGUUCUUACAGGGGAAAUGGCUAGUGGAUUGCCGUUUCCCCCUCAUUCCUGCAUCAGAGCUUCACCAGCCUGCCCCCAAGAAGCGUACUAGGGUCACAACAGACUGGGAAGAGGAAGAAGAUGAAAUCCCUGAGAAGAAUCACAAAAUGGAAAAGGAGGAGGAGGAGAGGGAGGAAGAGAGAACAAUAAACACCAAAAAAAAUGCAGGGAUUCCUAAAAUUAUCAUAAAAUAUCAAGAAAAGGGAGGAGCUGAGAAUGUGAAGGUCCUUGGUGAAUACAAUAAGAAUACUGGAAGCAAGGGCCCUGAGGCAAACCCCACACUUGUUCUGAAGCUGAGCAAGAAGACAAGUGCCAAGGACUCCCAUGUGGAAAGCAAGGAGAACUCUAAAGGCAUACCCAAAGCCUUGAAGAGGAAGAGUAAGGAUCAGGAGGAAAUCAGCCCCAAAAAGACCUCAAGAAGCUCAUCCUCAUCACCUCAACCUCCAGUCAAAGGGAAAGGACAGCAGAAAAGGAUUGAGAGUGAGAACGAAGAAGGGGCCAGAGGAAUGAUGUCAGAGGGUACAGAACUGAAGGCUGAGAGGAAAGGAAGGCCAAAGAAAAGCAAGAAGAAGAAGCAAAAAGAAGUAGAAGUAAUGACUGCAUCUGAAUCAUUAGGUCACGCCAUUAAAAGAGGGAGGCCAAGGAAAAGUAUGAAGUCUGAGGAUGAUGGAGGAGAAUCGACUGCAUCUGAGUCACUGGAUCAUACUGGCAAGAGCGGAGGCAAUCCAAAGAAGAGUAUGAAGGAUAAUGAGGAAGGAGGAGAAACAAUUGCAUUUCAGUCAAUGUAUGACACUGUCAAGAGAAGAGGCAGGCCAAAGAAGAGUAUGAAGUCUGAGGAGCAGGGAGGAGAAUUGACUGCAACUAAGUCACCGGAUCACACUGUUAAGAGAAGAGGCAGGCCAAGGAAGAAUACAAAGUCUGAGGAGGAGGAUGGAGAAACAACUUCGUCUGAAUCACUGGAUCGCACUGUCAAGAGAAGAGGCAGGCCAAGGAAGAGUAUGAAGCCCAAGGAAGAUGGAGGAGAAUCGACUGCAUCCGAGUCCCUGGAUCACACUAUCAAGAGAAGAGGCAGGCCAAGGAAGAGUGUGAAGUCUGAUGUGGAGGGAGGAGAAUCGACUGCAUCUGAGUCACUGGAUCGCACUGUCAAGAGAAAAGGCAGGCCAAGGAAGAAUACAAAGUCUGAGGAGGAUGAAGGAGAAUUGACUACAUCUGAGUCACUGGAUUGCACUGUCAAGAGAAGAGGCAGGCCAAGGAAGAGUACAAAGUCUGAGGAAGAUGGAGGAGAAUCAUCUACAUCCGAGUCCCAGGAUCGCACUGUCAAGAGAAAAGGCAGGCCGAGGAAGAGUACGAAGUCUGAGGAAGAUGGAGGAGAAUCGACUGCAUCUGAGCCGUUGGAUCAAACUGUCAAGAAAAGAGGCAGGCCAAGGAAGAGUAAGAAGGAUGAGAAGGAUGGAGGAGAAACAAAUUCAUCCGAAUCACAAGACCUAAUACCGAAAGGAAGAGAAAAGCCAAAGGGGGCAAGAGAAGGAGAAGAAAUGACUUCAUCUGAUUCAGUAGAACCACAUGUCAAGAAGAGAGGCAGACCUAUAAAGAAGGACGGGAAUAAAGUUAGAACAACUUCUGAAUCCCCAGAAGCACCCAUCAAGAGGAGAGGCAGACCAAAGAAGACCGUAGAGAAGGGAGACAAGAAUGACAAGAAAACAACCUCCAAGCCCAAAGUACAGCGAGGCCCAGGAAGACCCUGCAAAAACCCACUGCAGGCUCCAAGGACAGGGAACCCCAGUGUGCAGGAGCCCCAGACAGUGGCCUACUCCCAUUCCGGGCGGCCUAUCUCGGGAAACAAAAUGGUCGAACUGGACGAAUCAGAACAGGUUAGCUCCGAGGAUGAGUCCUGGAUUAACUCCAAAGAAAACAAGAUGAAAACAAAGAAGCAAGCAAAGGUGAAGGCAAAAACUGAAGAGGGGAGGAAGGAGACGAAGGAAGUGAAAAAGAGGGGAAGGAAGAGGAAAGAUGAGGUUAAUGCAGGUAAAGAGAAGAAGGAGCAGGAAGAAGAGGUGCUGAAAGCAGAAGACUGCAUAGUGACUGCAAAACGAGGGACACUGAAAUACCUGCACCAGAGAGAGAAGUAUGUGAAAGCACUGGCCAAUGAAGUACAGAUAGAGGAUGACUUCUUUGCAAGCAAGGCCCCUGUCAAGAAGAAUAUGCUGGAAAACUUGCUGUUCUCUGGCUCCCCAGAUGACAGUCUGACCAUCAAGACUCCCCAGGGCAAGGGCAAGAAGGUCAGCAGCAACAUCAUCACCCCGCGCACCAUGAAGCUGGGUCAGUGGGCCAGCGAGAGCCCCUGGAGUGAACCCAUCACGCCCUCCACAGGGACCUCCCCACUGCAGCCAGCUGACAAAAAGGAGGCUCUGGACGUGAUCUACCAGCACAUGAAGGGGCGCAAGAGGUGGCCGCAGCCCAUAAGGAAGGUGCUCAGUGAGAGUUCGUCCCAGUCUAUGCUGGAUGUUACUGCCACCAAACGAAAACUAGAGCCCUUGGAGCUUCCGACGCUACCAGAAAUCCCCGAAGACAAAGAUGGUGAAUCUAGCGAUGACGACUACUUCAACUCGAGUGAGGUCAACUGAGGAAUAAAUGGUGUUUUGCAAGAAAAUCUAGGGAGGGGGAAUAAAGCUUCCCAAGAUAUGCCAUAACUUUGGUGAUAAAAGUCGAGGACUGCUUUGAAGCAUUACCUCAGAUUGCUGUACCAUAUACAUGCACCAAAUUUUGUACACUUUAGGUUUAGCUAAUUUUUGGUUAAGAGAUAUAUAUAUAUUGAGACUUGUUUCAUUUCUAUUGUCUUCAUCUUUUUCUUCUUUCUUUCUGAAGUGUUUGCAGAAUACUGAAAACCUGUUUUGACAGUACUGUUGAUGGAAAAGGAACCACAAAUUAGUAAUACUUGGCAAACAGUUGAGUUCUUUUUGUUUUGAAUGAGCAUUAUGUGUAAUUCAUCAAUUACAGAAUCCCACUGUUUGCAAUUACUCUGGAUUACUGUGAUAAAAGGAUCAUCUGCUCUUAUACACAAUUUGGCGGCUGACUUACUAGAGCAUUUUAAGUACCUUGAGGUAUUGAACACUGCCACAUGUAGACUUCCUAAUUACUGUAGAAAAGCACAGAAAAUGACUGGUGCAUGGCUGUGUGCUUUGUGAUUUAGCUACAAUGAAAAUGAUUUAUAUAGCAAGAUGUCAUUGCAUUUGUUUCAGUGCUUAUUGAGACUGUUAUGGUAAGGUUGUUUCAGUAGUAACUUGUAACCUAUACAUGCUUCUUGGGUUUGUACAUGGUAAAUAUAUAUGUAUAUUUAAACUGCAUAAGAACUGUUUCAUCUGUGUUAUGACUACAUAGUGAGAAAUGGAAUGAAGUGCCUUAGUACAUUCCAGUUUGUCAUUAAUAAACUGUAAAGAGAUUGAGAAAAUUACAAGAUUGAUUUUAAAAGAAGUCCAAAAUGUUAGGGAAUUUGGUCUUUCAAUUUACAUUGAGGAAAAUUCUGUUUAGAGUAUUUGCUGCUUUGCCAUUUUCCCAGAUCAUGCAAGUUACUUCCCAUAUUGAUAAGAUACCAAAUUCAAAAAAUAGUACAAAUUUAUUUAUCCUUUUGAUUAUCAUAGGAACAUGAUAAAAUAAUCAUGCUUGUUGGACUCCAAAAUCAAUGCUUUAGUUCAUGUUUUAAAAAUCAGUAAUUUUUGGCAGAUAAUAAAAAGCAGGGACUUAUUUGAUACAAAAAUCUCUUAGUGCCUUUAAGCAUGUAUGUACAUUAUUAGUAGUACUAUUAUUAUUUAUUUAUUAUAUAUUUUUUAUUAUUAUCAUUAUUAUUAUUUAUUUUUAGAUAUAUGUACAGAAUCUCCUAAUUCUUAUCUUCCAAUUACAUUAGGAUUUUAUUAUUUUUUAUCAUACAUGUAUGAUUAUUUUUUCUUAUUUUUACUUUUUAAUGAUUUUUUUAUUUGAAAGUAUGUUGAGAUGUAAAUUUUGCAUUAUUUGUGAUACACAAGUUUGUCACAUGAAAACAGCUGGAAUUUUUAGAGUAAGUCUUUUGGCCCAAUAGUCUUUUGUAAAUAUCUGUUUUCAUUUAUGCUUUAUUUACUUAUUAUUAAUUUUCCUUUUGUUUCUUUACUAAAGAAAUAUUAAAUGUUUUUCAAUUAA